AUGGCGCGGGCCGAGGACGGCGGGAGGCGGCCAGAGCAAGCGCGCGGGCCUGGCAGCGCCGGGAACGGGACUAGACAGGACGGGACGCAGCUCCUGGGAGGCGCUCCCCGGCCCGCGCGGGUCCCCGGCCCGCCCGGCGCCCCGCGACCCGCGCCGGCCGCGAACAAAGCGUCGGGACAGCGGCGCCGGGCGGAGGCCGGGCUGAGGUUCCAGGCUGUGCCGCGGCCGGAGCUGCGGGAGCUUCCUGGCCGCGGGAAGGGGCCGCCAGAUCCUGGGACCCCGCGGCCCCUCGGGCCGUGCAGGCCCACGCCCCUCCCCCGGCGGGAAGAACACGACGGGGAACCACCGCCUCUUUUAGGAAACUGGGGACGGAAACUCGCCCGGGCGCGGGACCCCCAGCCCGUUCGGGGGAGGAGGCGGCCCCAGCAGGCCGCGCCUCCGGCUGGCUGGGACCAAUGUGGACUGGGGGCCGCGGUGAUUGGUCUGGACGGAGCGCAGGCCCGCCCACCGCGCGCUCCCGGGUCAGCUCCCGCCUCGCAGCAGAGCCGAGGGCUCCCUCUGCGGGUCCAGCCGAGACGCUGUCGGGUCGGCGGCGGCCGGCCACGCCCCCUCCUCAGACCCCCGGCGGGCGCUUCUCCAGCCGGCGGGUUUGGGUACCAGGUAGACUGA